AUGAUCAACGAAGUGGAUAUCGAUGGUAAUGGUCAGAUUGAGUUUCCGGAAUUUUGUGUCAUGAUGAAGCGUAUGAUGAAGGAAACUGAUUCUGAGAUGAUACGUGAAGCAUUUCGAGUGUUUGAUAAGGAUGGAAAUGGGGUGAUUACAGCACAGGAAUUCCGAUAUUUUAUGGUCCAUAUGGGGAUGCAAUUCAGUGAGGACGAAGUUGACGAAAUGAUCCGUGAAGUUGACGUCGAUGGUGGGUUUAUCAGUUGUAGUAUCUAA